AUCUCCCCAAGCAACCUGGACGCGAUGGCAUCGCCUUCCCCCGGCGUGAUGGCCGGUGGAUUAAAGGUGACACGGCGAGGUGAGACGUCGAAGGUGGGCAACUCACAAUUUGGGGCACAGACCUUGAGCCGGGCGGAGAAAGCCAGAAGGGGCUCGACGCUGGGCAAAUAUUUUCAUAAUGUGUAA